CUGUCAUAGUCAAGAAAAAAGAAGCAGCAAUAGAACAUCCGAAGAAGAAAUUUUCUUAGACAGUUAAGACAUUUUCACAGGUGUAGACGUACAUGUACAUAUAUUAUUUCAUAAGUGUUCAACAAUUCAUCUUUAAUUUAGAAAUAAAAAAACACAAUUUUAAUUUAAUUUUUGGUAAAAAAAUACAAAAGCAAUAAAAAGCAAAUCUACGAAACGAAAUUAUAAACGAAAAGUGAAAAAAAAUCAUAUAAGCUAUAGUGAAAUAACGAAUGAAAACGAAACGAAUUUUCUAAAAAAGAAUCAAGUGAAUCGACAAGGAAACGGGAAUACAUUUUAAUAUUUGAUUAAAUACAAUACAAAGAUUUUCUGGGAUACAUUUUUUUGGAAAGACCAACGUAUUAUGUAUGGGUUCCAAAAUUGUUAAUUUAGAGAUUUUUCUAAUUUACUUUUUCCUAUUAAUACCAUGGCCCCAUACACAUGUGAUCAAACGUUUGUGUUCCAAAGAUAACAGUCGUUUAGUACGGAAAAUAGUACGUUCAAAAUGGACCCCGAUAUUAGAUAAAUAUCAGGUGAAACUUCCUCUCGAGUGUCCACUGCAUCCAUUUCGUGAUAUAUUUGCACCCCGACAAGAUGCCAAAAAACGUGAUAGGCCCACACAGUGGACGUGCCGGUUGUGUGGCAAAAGUUUCUAUCAGGAGAAAUUUUUGGAUUUACAUUUUGAGACAAGACAUAAAGCAAUUAUAAAUGAGGCUGAAGACGCUGUAUGCUUAGCAGACUAUUGCGAUAUAAUGCGUUGUGAAGUAUUUCAAACGGAGGAGUCAUCUUCGUUGAAAAUUGGCGAUCAAAAUAUUGCUACAGAAAUUGAGGUUUGGGGCGAUUCAUUUGGUCAAAAUUCAGCACUGGCUAAGGCGAAUGUAGCGUAUUUAAGUUUAUUACCCAUCAGAACUUCCUCUAUUGGUGCAUCUCGAACAGCCAAAGUACAAAAUCGUCAAUUAUGUCAGGAUAAAAUUGGCCAAACUAAAUGUCAACAGACUGAAACCUCUAAUGAGAACUAUAUAUAUAGUAGCAACAACAACAAUAACAACAACCCCAACAACAAUGGUGCCUCACGUACAAAAUAUAUGCCACACACACAAACACCAGCCGAGAGCUUAGCAUCAGCAUCAUCAUCCGCAGCACCUCACAUCUACGGGAGCAGCAGUAGUGGUAGUACAAGUUCAGCAGCCUCAGGGUCCACCAGAUCACAAAAAUCCUUUUCAUCGGGAUCCAAUGCUGGUGGCAGCGUCAGUAGUAGUGGUGGCUCCGCAUCCACCACCACCGGCAGCAGCUCAUCGUAUACUACAACGACUAGUAGUACUGCUUCCUCAGCCUCAGCUGCCUCCGCUUCCUCGACCUCCUCGACGACGACGACCACAACAAAUGGAGCGAAAAUGAAUUACGAUUCAUCGCAGGCUGCUGACGGCUCAAAGGAUAAUGAAAGCUCGAAAGUAAAUUCAUCCGAUGAAGAGGGAGAGAAUAGCAGGACCUCAACAGCGAAUGGUCAUCUGACGAAUAUGCAAAAGAUUCGUGCCAACUGUAAGCCCGAAGAGCUGAAUAAGUUGCAGGCGAAAUGUGAAUAUUUAGUGAGGAGUUGCAUUGGAGGCCUUAUUUUGUCCAUGACCGAUCAGCAGUUUAAGGAUAUGGAAGAGGAAAUGAACAAAGCCGUCUGCUGGUAUCUGACCUGCGAUCGCUACUGGGAAGAUGGUCCACUGGAGCCACGUGCCUUUCCUUGGGGUUUAAUUGUAAUCCUGAUUUUCGUUUUAUCCUCGGGCAUUUGUUUUUGUUACUACAUCAUUUGGAUACUGUUUGACUCCGAAGAGACGACAAUCAAUGCCGCCAACAACAACACAACAGACGCCAAUCAUCUUCAUCAUCAACAUCAGCUCUACCAUCCCACAGAGCAAGAACAUCUGCUGCAGCAGCAGUUCCAGCAGCCGGCCCAUCUGCUGCAUCCACAGCAUCGCCAGCAUAUGUAUAUACCCGCCAGCCACCAGUCGCAGCAUCCUUCGGCAUCCCAAAUGCCCGAUCAUUAUCAUUUUCAAGAGUACCCUACUACCGGGAUCCAUCACCAUCCUGGUAUGAGCGCCAGCGCCGAGCAUCAGACCAUCAACAACAGCAAUACCACCAGCAGCCAUCAGCAGCAGCACCACCACCAUCACAAUCAGUACUACUACCACCAGGCCCCGGUCGAGGUCGGACAUCACGAUUUGUACCCCGAACCAGUGCAAUACGACUAUCGUCACAGCCCCAGACGCUACAUCGGCGAUCAGCGUCGGCCGGGUACACCUACGAUUACGAUGGCUACCGGACAGCCAGCGGGGAUCGGCGUGGCGGGCGGGGUUGGCGCACAGACUCCACUGCGUCAUGCGCCGAGCCAGAGUCUGGCCUACCAACAGGACAUUUUAGACCGACGCGACUAUAUAAGUAGUCGGCCCAUAGCCACGACGGUGGUCAGCAGUCACAAUACCUUGGCAUCAACACGUGGACCAAACACCGGCUCCUCGGGAGCCCUCUCCAGUCUCAGUCAUCAUUCGCAGGCGCAGCUAGACUGUGAUAAUACAUUGCCAGCCACCCAUUUGGGCAGCAGCAGCAGCGGUGGCGGUGUCAAGCACUACAACACCAUUCCACGACCCCUAGAGCCGAGACAGCGUUAUGUCAGCGGUUCGCAGCAAUCCCUGAGAGCAUCCUCGUCAACGCACGAAAUCAUCCAAAAUGAAGUUGGACACAAUGAGCAUUAUAUCUAUGUAACCUAUCCGCCGGAUUUAAAGAAACGCUUUUUUGAGAAAUACGAAUAAGGAGGAGGACGAGGAUGAGGAUGAGGAAACAGUACACCCCCUAAUGUGUCCCGCAAUGGAACAGAAUUAUUAGAAUUGCUGAUAUUAGGAUAAGCGAAACUAAUCCUUGCAAUGAAAGAAAGAGAGUGAAACGAAGAAAGAGAGUAAGAGAUAACAUAAUAAUCAUUUUAUUCGUCAUUUUCUUAUGAAAACAAAAUACUCGCAAAUCGGUAGAGAAAAAAGGAAAAACUCUUUUCUUUUAGGAAUUCAUAUUAAAAAGGAUAUCGUUUUUAAUUUUCUUGCGCCUCGCCUCAAAUUUUGUCAUAACAUUGUCACGGCAUGGCACAGUGGUUGGAAAGCAGAAAAAUUAAGAGAAAGUUCCUUUGGAAUUUAAAUAAAAUAUGUUUUCGGCCCUCUGCCGCUCUAAAAAAAAAUACUCCCUUAGGCCAACUUUAGUUCGCCAGAAAAGGCUACCAUUAUUUAAAAGGACUCUACUUAUUAUCCUCCUAAAGUACCAUCUGGUCUAUGAUAGUAGAUUUGUUUACAAUAUGUUAAGGACUUUCAGUGAAAGAAUAGUGGGUAUUAAAAGGAUUUUUUCCAAGGACUUUCAGAGCCUUUCAAAAACAUUUUCGAAGGAGCAUAAUCGUGGAUGUUUACAUAUAUUCUUGGAAUCGUCAAGUUUUUAAGGAAAUUUUCUCAAUUUUGUGGGGAUUUUUUUGAGGGGCAAUAUUGACAAUUAUUUAACAAUUAUUUUUGAACGACAAACUUUGUAAUCAUCGAUGAUUUCUUAAAUAUAUGUUUUGAAGGACUUUUUGGAGUAAAAUUAUAGUUUUUACAGAUAUUAUUGCCAGGACUAUCAGAUCAAUAAUCGUUGAUGUAGGGAACCAUUAAAAACCUACAAUUUUUGUCAUUUAAGGUCUUUCUUGGCAAAGGUCUUUUAAGAAUAUCUGAUUACUAAUCGGUGACAGUUUUAAGGAUUUUCAGGACCAAAAUAUUGUAUCCUUAAGAACGCGAAUUUUUAAAAAAAAUAUUUGUUCAAUAUUUUUCAGGAAUUAUCUGAGUAUAAGGGCAUUUGUAGGAGAAGAUUUUUGUAAAGGAUCAUCCAACAAAUGGUACUUCAUUCUUGAUGAAAGUUUGGGAAAGACCUUAAAGACCAUAAUCGAGGAUUUUUAAUAAAAAUUAUUGAACUAAGAUAGUCAAUAUCGGUGACUGUAAUUGGGGAUUGUAAUGGACUUUUUCUAAUCUUCUACGAAAAUUAUUUGUAGAGCAUAAUAAUCCUGAAUUUUUAGAGCAUAAUAAUCGUGAAUUUUUUUCAAAAAUAUUUUCUUAGGACUUUUAAUGUCACAAUUGUGGAUUUUUAAAAAAUAUGUAUUUUUGGGGACCCUUAAUGUCAAAAUUAAAAUCGUGGACUUUCCAAGUAUAUUUUUCUAAGGACAUAAUUGUGUUUUUUAGUUGUUUUUCACGGACUUUCAAGGACAUAAUCGUGAGUUUAAAAAAAAUUCCAAGGACCUUCAAGAACAUAUUUGUGAAUUUUUAAGCAAUAUUUUUUCAAAACUGCCAAGGACAUAGUCGUGGAUUUUUUAACAAUUUUUUUUUCAAGGAUCAUCCCUGGAUUAGAAAACAAAUAAGGAAUAAUAAUGGAUUUUUUUAAUAAUAUUCGAAACAUCAAAGAGAAUUUGUGGACUAUCGAGAAUAACUAUUUCGGAUAUUUAAAAUUAAUUUUCCAAAGGACUUCCGUGGAUAAUUUUGAAGGACUAUAUUGAGUUUUUAAAAAUAUUUCUAAAUAAUUUUCACAUUUUUCGAACGAUUUUGGUUUUAGAUUCUUAAACAAGGAUUAUUGUGGAUAUUUAAGUAUAUUUUCUGAAGGACUAUAGUAGGCUUUCUUAAGACUCUCAUGUACUUUUUAUACCCUACACCACAAGGUGGUCAGGGUAUUAUGUUUUUGUGCAUUUGUUUGUAACAGGCAAAAGGAAACGAGAUAGACCCAUAGUUCCUUUUGAUGAUCUGCAUAGAAUCACUUUCUGAGUUGAUUUAUGCAUGUCAGUCCGUCUGUCCGUCCGUCCGUCCGUCUGUCCAUGUAUUCUUGUGAACAAAAUGCAGGUCGCAUUUAUUAUCCGAUUGAGAUGAAAUUUUGCAAACAACAUUUGUUUGGCCCAAUGACGAACCCUAUUGAAAUUGGAGAUAAUCGGUAAAAAUUUAGAUAUUGCUCCCAUAUAUAUCUUCGUCCGAUUUGCCUUUUAUUGUGCACCAAACGUGUAAUAUCAGCCCGAAUAGUAUGGAAUUUUGCACAUACAACCAAAUUAUGCCUGAAAAUAAGUAUGCCAAAUUUUAUCGAAAUCGGUUCAGACAUAGCUAUAGCUCCCAUAUAUAUUGUUCAUCCGAUUUGUUAUUUUUGUCCUCCGCAGCCGUAAUAUGCACUCUGUAACAACAAUAUUUUGGGGAAAUAUAUCAAAUGCAGCUCAGAAAUACCUUUGGUAACUUUUAUCGAGAUCGGUUCAGAUUUGGAUAUAGCUCCCAUAUAUAACUUCGUCCGAUUUACAGUUUAUUGUGCACCAAACGUCUAAUAUUUGUCCAAAUGGGAUGGAAUUUGGCACAUACGACCGAAUUUAGUCUAGAAGGUAGUAUGCCAAAUUUGGUGAAGAUCGGUUCAGAUAUAAUUAUAGCUCCCAUAUAUAUUGUUCAUCCGAUUUAUUGUAUUUGUUACCCACAGCCGUAAUAUGCACUCCGUAACAACGAUAUUCAGGGAAAUAUAUUAAAUACAGCUCAGAAAUAUCUUUGCCAAAUUUUAUCGAGAUCGGUUCAGAUUUGGAUAUAGUUCCCAUAUAUAUUUUUAUCCGAUUUCAAAUUAAUUGUGCACCAAAUGGGCAAUACAAGUCCGAAUUUAAAAGAUACAAAUGCUUCGGCAUAUUUAGUCCUUUGAAUUUUAAAUUAUAAUUAUAAUCAUAGCGUGUACGAUUGAAUUCUCCCAUAAAAACUUUUAAUUAUUAAGUGGAGCUCAACUAAGUUAGCAAAGUGGUGUAGGGUAUCAUAAAAUCGGCCCCGCCCGACUUUAAGACUUUCUUUACUGGUUAUAUAUAUUUCCUGAAGGAUGUGUAUUUUUUUUUUUUUUAAUAUUUUCUGAAUGACUUUCGUAAAUUGUCUUUAGAGUAUUUUUCGAAGGACAAUAGUCAAUUGCAUAGGACUUUCGUAAAUUUUCUUAAGAGUAUGUACAGAAGGACCUUAGGGAUUUUUAAGCUAUUUUUUCUGAAUGACUAUUGUGGAUUUUUGGAAAAAGAAUUGUCUUGGAUUAUUAACAACUUGUUUUUAAAGAACUAUUCAGAUCAUUUUAAGAAGAACUUUAGUAGACAAAAAAAAAAAAAGAAAGACUAUUGCUACUUUUUGGAUAGGAAAUUUUUGAAUUUUUGAAAACUAUUUUCUAAAGGAUUAACUUUAAUUUGUUUACAAAAUAAUGUGGAAUGUGUGUAGGACAAUUAUUAUGGAGAGUAAUUAUAGAUUUUUUUACGAAUAUUUCCUAAGGGACUAAAGUGGGUUUUCUAUAUAUUUUAAGAUUUUUGUUAGAAAAGCUAUGAUGGAUUUUUUUAAUAUUUUCUACGAACCAACAAUGAUUUUUUCAAAAAAUGAUUUUAAAGAAUAUUUUUGAAAAACUGACAGGACGAUUUUGGACUUUACUCAAAAAACACUGUACUUUGUUAAUCUAUUAAAGAUAUUCCGGUUAGUUUUUUCAUGAAGUAUGCUGCCCUUAACUCAGCUAUAAACAAGUAAAAAACAGUAAGUUCGUCCGGGCAGAACUUUGAAUACCCUCCACCAAUUGGAAUAAAUUUGGAAAUUUUCAAAAAAAAAUCUGUUAGAAUCUUAAAAAAUACCGAAUAAAGCCCAUAAAAUGGGGUCUAUACUAAGAGGUGGACUUGCAUAGGCAAAUUUUGUUAUAAGCUAUUGUAAUAUUCAAAUACGAAACUUGAAAAAGAAAUCCGGUGCAUAAUGUAGCUCAAAUCAUCAAAAUACCAAAUAUAGGGUGGUACCGUUAUAUCGGGACUAUGCGAAGACCUGGACCUACAUAGACAAUUUUUUGUCACAGGCUGUAGUACCUAUUAGGAACUUCAAAUACGAAAUUUCAAACAAUUUCGGUGAAUAUUGUACCUAAAAUCAUGAAAAUACUGAAUAUAGGGAGGCACUGAUAUAUGGGGCUUAGACGAAGACUGGGCCUGCACAGAUAAUUUUCUGUUAUAGAACUUAGUUCUCAUUACAAACUCUAUAUAUGAAAUUUGAAACAACUCAGGUGAAUAAUGUUGCUAAAAUGAUCAAAAUACCAAAUAUUGGGAGGUACCGUUGUAUGGAGGCUAUACGAAGAGGUGGGCCUGGAUAGACAAUUUUUUUCAUAGGCUUUAGUACCUAUUACGAAUUCUAAAUACGAAAUUUAAAACAACUCGGGUCAAUAAUGUCCCUAAAAUCGUCAAAAUAUCGAAUAUAGGGAGCUACCGUUAUAUGGGGUAUAUAUGAUAUCUUGGACAGUGCUCUUCCAGGGGCUAAAGUACUCAGGAGGAACUCCUUUGGGGAUUUUCAGAAAAUUUCAUUGAAAAUUUUGGCUAAAAUCAUUGAAAGUACCGAAUAUCAGAGGGGCACCGAUAUAUAUGGGGUUAUACAAUAUCGUGAAUCGAUAUAGCUCAUCUUCCAACUUGACCUGCCUGCAGACAAAAGAUUGAUGUGUGUAAAAUUUUAGCUUCCUAUCUUUAUUCGUUUUGACUCUAGCGUGACGGACAGACGGACAAAAGAAUUUUACGCUGAUGUCUAAAAUUAUUAUUUCGAUGAGAUACAAACAGAUUGACGAACUUACUACACCCUCCACACUAUGUAUGGUGGAGGGUAUUAAAAACGCUUUGGGUCGUCUUCGAUAUAAAGACUUCAUCUGCAAUUCGUCCCUAAAUGCCGAAUACCUUCAGUUCGUUUAUAAAAACUCCCUCUUCAGCUUACCCAUAAAAACUUCUUCAACUUAUCACUAGAGAGAAAUAAUUCCUUUUAUUUGACAAUAUAAACUCCCUCCUUCUUCUCUAUACAAACUCCCUACAUCUUCCCUUUCAGCUCUUCUACAAAAAAUAAAAUAUAUUCUAUUUUCCAACCACUGUCCAUUCCAUGGAAUGAUGCAGAAAUCCAAAAAAAUCGCACACUCGCAUUACAUAAGACAUAAAC